AUGACGGCUUCAAAUUUUACACGCGACAUUUUAAUUGUUUUCUACUUACUAAUUAAUUUCUUGAAACAAAUAAAUAUUGAAGAAAAGCCAGAAUUAUCGGAUAAAAUAGAAUUCGUGACGAUAGAUCCAAAUACUCAACAUAUUAAUAAAAACGACGUACCAGGUGAUCUGUUGUGGAACAAACAGCUGUACGAUAAAUGGAUUUCUAGUUCAGUACUAAUCAGAAAACAACAUGAUAAAUUAAGUGGUUCUAACAGAACAACUAUAUUUGAUAUAAGUGUAAUGGUAAUAACAGGUAGGAUACAUCAUCGUAAACGAAGUGAUAUAAUCAUGUCAACAUGGGGUGGUCACCAAAUUCCAUAUGGAAAUUUACAUUUUAUUAGUGAUUCUGAUGAUAAUUUAUUACCAAUCUUACAAGUAAUGAACGAAACAGCUGAUUACUGGAAAAGUCAACGUAAAUGGAUUCUAGGUAAACAGACGGAGGGUUUAGAGCAUAGUGUAUGA